AUGGUCAAACUAUAUAGCCCAGACGAUUAUUAUACAUUCAUCAACCUUCUCAAUUGCAUCGUGGCUCAAUGUAAGGACAACGUCUUUACACGCUAUCAAACAAGCACAUCUUCUUGCACGUUUUCUUCUCUCAGCUAUGAGGAGUUUGAUCGCAUCACCACGAAGCUUGCCUGCCAAUGGCAGUUGUCAUUUCUCAAAGACACACCAUCCGAUACUCCCGUUGCCUUAUUAGCUGAUCAUUCGGUGGACUAUGUAAUCUCAGUCAUUGCUAUCAUGAAGCUAAAAAGAGUUUUACUGGCUAUUGCUCCACGCAACUCCCAUGCCGCUAUUCGUCAUCUGGUGUUGAACGCUGGGGCCAAAACCUUAAUCACGUCCAAGAAAUACGAGGAAAAGGCUCAAGUUAGCAUGGAAAACGACCGACACAUAGUCAGCUGCCAUAGUUUUGGGAUGUUUGAUAUUCCGGCUAUGGUACAAGAACCAUUGCAUAUGGAGGUGGACACGUUGAUUGAUAGGCAAUUUGAUCCUGAGGAUAAGGAAAAGACGGCUAUUAUUAUCCACAGCUCAGGAAGCACGUCCUUCCCAAAGUUGAUCCAUCUCAGCAAUCGAUAUGUGAUUACGUUAGCGCAACAUGAUUCAUAUGAGCUGGCUCUUGCAGAUAACCCGGAUGUGUUACAGUACACGGUAGAGCCCUCUGAUGUAUUCCUCGUCGGGUUUCCAAUGUUCCACAUGGGGGGUUUGUACCAGAUGUUUAGUCCCAUCAUGUCACAAGCAAGCACGCUCCUAUUCUCCCAGCUGCCAAUUCAGCCUCGAGAUAUCAUCACGGCGAUCGAUACAUAUAAUGUUACCAUCUCAGGGCAGCUUCCUAUUAUACUUGAGCAAUUGUACGAGUAUUUACAAGAAACCGGCAACACAAAGCCGCUUGAGAAACUUAAAAUGUUGCACUAUGGCGGUGCACCUUUGAGUAAGGAAGUAGGUGAUUUCUUCCAAUCAUUUUGCAAGCUACAAUGCCGUUAUGGGUCGACAGAAAUGGGGAUCACGUUUCGCUCUAGUGAUUUACAUGGCUGGUCAACGCUCCAACCUGUACGUAUCAUAAGCGAUUAUUGCUACAUGGAGCCUUUUGAUGGAAACUUGUAUCACCUGGUAAUCAAGGCUGGAUGCCCUACACUUGCUAAUCAUUUGGUGACAAGGCCUAAUGGAGAUUAUGCAACCAAUGACCUUAUGAUGGAAGAUCCACCAGGAUCUCAUUGUUGGCGUACAAUGGGUCGCUGUGAUGAUACGCUCGUGAUGCGAAAUGGUGAAAAAACAAAUCCAGUGCCAAUGGAAGCUGCCUUGCGUCGUUCACCCUUGAUUAAUCGAUGUACAAUCAUUGCACAAGAUCGGCCUUGUACUGCUGUGCUGAUCGAAUUAUCACCCGAAGAGGCUAAAAAGUACGAUGCGAACGAUUAUUACACACAAGUGAAGGCUGCUGUGGACGAGGCUAACAAAGAUGCUCCAAAGCAUAGCACGAUCUUGCCACAAAUGAUUUAUAUCCUCCCAUUGGAAGAGCAAUUACCCGUAACUGAAAAAGGCACGGUGAUGCGGGGACGUGCCAUUGAGCAGUUUGCAAGUAUCAUUGAUACCAUGUACAAUAACUUUUUGAGUGGGAAUAUUACACCUGCUUCGUCUCAAGAGAAAAGAGUAGAAACAGUGACAGCUGAUUGGAGCUUGCAGGAUAUUGAAGACUUGCUCAUUCGAGUAGCAUGCGACAUUUUACAAAGGGAUCUAAGCACCUUCGCCAACCAAGAUAGCAAGAACCGCUCAUUGUUCGAUUAUGGGCUUGACUCCAUCUUGGCAAUCCAGCUGCGUAAUCGCAUUGGCCAAUUGUUUGACACCAACCUCGCUGCGAAUUUCAUAUAUGAGUAUCCUACAAUUACAUCAAUGGCAGCUAUCCUCAAACCUGGCGAGAGUAAGAUCUCCAAGGACAGCUACCAAGUGACACAGGAAUUGCUGAUGGAUUAUUUGGAACGUGCUGAUAAGGAUUUCGACCGGGUUGUCCAUAGCAACGACAUCAACAAGCAUGACAACGAGGUCGUCCUUCUUACAGGAGCUACUGGUACGCUGGGUGUGUAUAUCCUAAGGGAUCUCUUGUUAUCCCCAAAAGUAUCCAAAGUAUAUUGUCCAGUGCGAGGACCUGGUGGCACAUUCAUUGAAGACCUUGAUGUGUUGAUGGCAAGGAUCAAACAAGCGUUUAUUGCUAGACAUUUGGAUACAACCUUAUUGGAUGAAGGUGGCAACAAGAUACAAGUAUUGCCCAUGGAUAUGGAUAACUCUUAUCAUCUUGGAUGGGGCAAAGAUACGUAUGAUCGGCUACGUAACGAAGUUACUGUGGUGCAAGCUUGUGCCUGGCUUGUGGAUUUUAACCAACCCGUGACCCAUUUUGACAAGUCAUGCAUUCAAGGAUUAUACAACCUUUUGCAUUUUGCUUAUCGACACACCAACCCAAUCCAUGUGCAUAUUGUUUCCAGUGUGAGUGCGACAGCUGGUGUUGACGCGCCUUCCAAUGUUCCUGAAUCGGUGUUGAUGCCUGCCAUUCCUCAAACGGCAUUGCCAAAUGGGUAUGCACAAUCCAAAUACAUCGUUGAGCACUUGUUCGAGUUUUUAUGGCGUGACAAAGGAUGGCCAUGUAUGGUGGAGCGUAUGGGUCAAGUGUGUGGCGACAAUCAACACGCCAUGUGGAGCCCAUCCGAGAUGUAUCCUCUCAUGAUCAUUGGUGGUGGUGCCUUCCUUGGAAAAAUGCCUGAAUUCCCCAAUCGCACCAUCGAUUGGUUACCUGUCGAUCAUGCAGCUACCGCCAUUGUCGAUAUUAUGCUCAAAACGUCGCCAUCCCAAGUACAACAAGGUCACGUGUUUCAUAUCGUCAACCCAACUACAAUGACAUGGAUGGAACUCUUAAGCAACAUGCGCACUUGUGGUAUCCAAUUUGACGUAGUUUCACCUGAGGAAUGGGUCACAUCGUUAAGCAAGGAUCAAGACAAUCCUGCCUAUCGGCUCCUAUCCUUUAUGGAAGCAGCAAUGAAGUCCUCAUCGCCAAUUUCCAACAUGCAAACAAGGGAAACAAAGAACACGAUCAGCGUGACAUCAGCUCUUAACGAAACAUCAACGUUCAAUGUCGACUUUAUGAAAAAGCACCUUGAAUACUGGAAGAGUAUAGGAUUUUAUAAAGCAUGA